AUGUUCGCUGAACAUGGAAUACCUGAGAUUGCAAUGUCUGAUAACGAACCACAAUUUAGCUCAGAAUUGUUCAGUCAGUUUGCAGUAAUAUAUGGAUUUGUCCACAUAACCAGUUCACCCAGAUAUCCACGAUCCAAUGGUAAAGCUGAAAGAGCAGUACAAACUGUCAAAGAUCUGCUCAAGAAAAAUGAAGAUCCAUACCUCGAUCUUCUCUCCUACAGAACCACACCACUACAAAAUAAUCUUGCGCCAAGUCAGCUACUGAUGGGAAGACUACUACGCAAAACAACUACCGAUGCUCCCAAAUACUCUACAAGCACGACUUCGCAAUGA